AUGCCACGGGCGCCUGCGAUUUCUGCGCCUGCUCGGCGAACCAUCAAAUCAGCCUUUGAAGAACUCGACCGCGCAAUCGGUCCAGGAGACUCUCGCAAAUUCGGUCAACUCACCCUCCAAGAUGUUAAAAAUGAGGCACUGGAUAUUGAGAACCAACUCGCCGCAAGACAGUCGCUCCGCUACAUGAGACGGCUGAUGCCUCUGUUUAACGGCUUAGAACACUACUCUAAAGUGAUAGAUAUCCUCUGCAAUGGCACCCCUUAUCUACCAUGGAUAUGGGCACCAAUCACUCUCGUAUUACGCCUCGCCUCUGAGUACGUAGAUGCUUUCGAGCAGAUUAUCAAAGGAUACGCCCGCAUUGCUUCGUCACUCGGCCGGUUUGAGCUCCUCAGCGCUGCCUUCAUCACCGACUCAAAUUUCCAGCAGACUCUAGCAGUCUUCUAUGCCGACAUUCUACAAUUCCACAAGCAUGCCUACAAGUUUGUUAGCCGUAGUGGUUGGAGGUUGCUCUUCCUCACAUCAUGGGGUCGCUUUCAGAGGCGCUUUGACAACAUUCUUGACGACUUGAAGCAUCAUGGAGACUUGAUUGACACCGAAUCAAAUGCUCGCAACAUAUCUGAGGCACAGAGAAUGCGCCAAGAUAUCCGGACUUGGAGAGAAGAGAGUCGCGCUCAGGUCUACAAAUUUGAAGAGGAGCAGACUGCCAGACAACACGAGUUCAUCGCAUCAUGGCUGAAUGUAAAUGAAUCCGACCAGUUGGCCAUUUUCGACUCAAUAUCGGCGGAAGGAGUCGAGCACCCUGGCACCUGCGAAUGGAUCCUCCGGAAUUCCAAGGUUCGUUCCUGGUGUCAGCGGAAACCAGACACCGCAAUCCUUUGGUUGCAAGGGACACCUGGGUCGGGAAAGAGUGUUUUAUCCACUCAACUCGUCAACUUCAUGAAAACAGGGAAGCAGUUUGUCAUCCGGCACUUUUGUUCUUACCUCUACGCGACAUCCACGGCGUACGAACAAAUCUUAAAAUCCAUGCUCAUACAACUUCUCCGAAAAGACGACGAUUUAGUGGCCCACGUUUACGAGCAGUACGUCGUCGGCAAGAAGUCCCCUUCAUGUGGUGUUCUGGAGCAACUGUUACAGACUCUUCUGAAAAGUAUGUCUACUGAGCCAAGCCAGGCAGAGUUCAUUUGGAUUGUCAUCGAUGGCUUAGAUGAGUGUGAGUCAAAGAAUCAAACCCGUCUUGUGAAUUUGAUCAACCAUAUCACGAAAACCUCUGUCCCCGGUGGGGUUACCUGCAAGGUCCUCAUAUCAAGUCGCGUUUCAUCAACAUCUCUAAGCCGCCUCCGCAAAAGGCAGGUAUUAUCCCUCGCUGAGGAGAAAGACUCGAUGCAAGGGGCAAUACAGCAGUACAUACAUCAAAGACUUCAGUCCCUGCAUGAAGGUUUUUCUCAACUUGGUAUGGGACAGCCCGAGUUUGAUGAGAUCCAGGACAAGAUCGCCGGAAAAACUGACGGAAUGUUCCUCUACGCUCGACUUGUCCUAGACUACCUAUCCCAUAACAUCUUUUACACUUAUGGCGAAAUUAAAGACUCCCUGAACCAGUUGCCCGAGGAGCUCACCGAUUUCUAUCGAAAGAUUUUGACCCAGAUGCUGGUCCAGUUGGAUUCAAGGUCGGUUGACCAUGUCAAGAACAUUCUUGGCUGGGUUGCUUUUGCAAGGCGUCCCUUGAGAAAGCUGGAAUUUUUGUCUGCCCUCUCCUACAGCUCUGGUAACCCAGAUGUCACCAACCUUACCCCUCGAUUUCUCCAGACUCCAUCAAGCAAUGUUGUUAUUCAUGAGCAAGAAGCACUUCAAGAGCAUGCCGUAGCUAUAAUUGCUUGUCUUCUCUCUGGGGCUCGGGUCUUCAACAAGGCAUAUCCAGAGCAGGCCAAGUACCAACGAGUUGCUAAGGGGCUACAUGGACUUCACGUAUAUGCCACCGAGUAUUGGACUGAGUGCUUAUUGUCUCAUGCUGCGUCUGUGCACGAGCUAGACAAGGCGUACGGUCAACCAGGUGCACCCAACGCUGGUUCAAAUAUCAGGGUUUCGGAUAAGCGACUGGAAUUGCUGCAACAGCAUGCUUUACUACACAGACAUGUGGAGGGGGCUCUAAAGGGCAGGUCUCUCAAACGGCUUGAAUCCGAACUGCUUCAAGUGCCUCAUACAGUUCCCGAUAAGAACAGCCAACAAUUACCCAACUCACCUUUCAUCGAACCCAUAUCGGCCAUGCUGAUAUCCUAUCAGGAUGUAGUCAGGGCACUGCUUAGCAAACACACCUACCCAGGGGUAUCUGCUGAAGAGCUCGAGUUAUUCAAGACUCAUUUCCGGACGUCGGCGUUCACAUGUCGACUCAAUUCUUGCUUCCGGGCAACCUUGGGGUUUGAAUCUGCAAAAAAGUGCCUGGAGCACGAGAUGUCCCACGUUCAGUGCCUGCGAUGCACUUUUCCUGGUUGUCAGUACCCGCCUUUCGGAUCCGCCCAGGCCCUAAGAAGUCAUGCCAAUAAGUACCACAACCCCAACCCUCCUCGAAAGGCAAUACGCGGUCCAAGGGCGGUAGAUGAUUCGGUAGACCCAACCCAUGCGCAGAGACUCCUCAAAGGGCAAGACGGCAGACUCUACGGCACCCCUUUUUUCGACCGUAGUCUUUUACCCAACAACACCCAACAGAUUCCUCAUUUUCAAUUACCUCCCGAGAAGCUAGACGCGCCUUCAGUCGACAUGCAAUCAGUUCCCUCCCCCACCUCCUUCAUCCAACGCCCCCCGGAUCAAGCCAACUUCUCCGCCACUGUGAGCAACCGCCCAAUCACCUCUCUUCCGCCCUUCGAUUACUUCAUCGGUUUGGAUGGGAGUCAGAUUCUGACCAAGAUCAAAUCGAUGAUUCCCAAUAUUAAAAACGAUUACAUAUACAGGAACCAAGACUUCCUCAAGUCAGAAUCCCUACAAGGGAUCCAUCACCACCACUAGCUCCUGGACAGCUCUCUGUUGAGCCUGUGGAGCAGGAUCUUACCAAGCAUGUUCGCCAUUCAACAUUCAACCACACCAGUUCCAACUCGAGAAGUGAAAUUUCAGAUUGGCUCAACAGAAGCAACUUCGACAGCAGCCGCUUUUGAUACAAAAAUGGAACACUUCAUGCACCAGCAAUAAGAAACCGACGUAUUAUCAAGGUUCAGAAUUUUUACACCGCUGACAGGCAUACAUGGGAAUGAUAUUGUGAUGAGUGUGAUUUAAUACGGUUUAGCUACUUGCUCAAUAAAUUUCAACUUCCGCCUCGAG